CUACCUCGCUAGCGAUUUUCAUUUUUGCUUGUAAAAAACACCUGUCAUGACAACAUAGCCACGCCAAAGUUUAUCAAAGUUUUUCCUGGUAAAGACAUGUCGAUUAUAGUUCAAUAUGCUUCUAAUGUAUGGACAAAAUUUUGGGCACCGUCCUUUUGGCUACCACCAAAUAUCACGUGGAGUGAUUUCAAAGACACGGAAACUGUUGUGUAUCCAAAAUUCCAAGAAAUUUGUUACCCUGUUGCAUAUUCCAUUUUAGUUGUUUUCAUCAGGCUCAUCAUUGAAAGGUAUAUUUUUUUGCCAUGGGGUGUCAGCAAAGGAUUAAAACCAACUAAGAAGAAGAUAAUACAAAAUGUUUUAUUAGAAGAAACUUAUUUGAAAAAUGCAGGAAGUCUAAGUCAUCACCAAGUUAUUGGUUUAGCUAAACAACUGGACUGGAAUAUAAAACAAGUUCAACGAUGGAUUCGUUACAGAAAGCAACAAAACAAACCAUCUGCACUAGUGAAACUCACAGAAAGUGGUUGGAGAUUUACAUAUUAUUCAUUUGCUGUUUGUUACGGAAUAUGGGCUCUUUGGGAUAAACCCUGGUUUUGGAACAUUGAUGAAUGUUGGACCGAUUAUCCUCACCAAACAGUCUCUUGGGACAUCCGGCUCUAUUACGUAUUCCAACUCAGCUGCUACUGGUCUAUGCUUUUCUCCCAGUUUGUCGAUGUCAAGCGGAAGGACUUUUUAGAAAUGUUCAUUCACCAUUUGACUACUAUCCUUCUAAUAAUUUUCUCAUACACGUGCAAUUUAAUACGUGGAGGCAGUUUGGUGCUCAUUAUCCAUGACUUCUCCGACGUAUUUAUGGAAGCCGCAAAAAUGUUUAAGUAUAUUAAGUGGCAGCGUGGCUGUGAUGUUUGUUUCGGACUAUUCUUCAUUGUAUGGACUGUCACUCGCCUAAUCAUUUUCCCUGGAUAUCUCAUAAAAAAUUUUUGGCUGACGGCUCCAAAUUUCAUGCCCAUGUUUCCUGCCUACAAUGGAUUGAAAUAUUUGGUUGUAGUUCUGUUUUUACUUCACAUCAUGUGGACCUAUUUCAUCCUUAAAAUAUUGCAACGUGCAGUAUUGUCGGGAAAGACGGAGAAAGAUUCCCGAAGUUCGUCUAGUGAAGCUUCAGCCACUGAAGAGAAUUCAGAUAAUCCUGCCUCUUCCGUUAGACUUCGUAAAUAGUGAACUCAGGAAAUAAGCUGAACAAGGAUUUUAUAAAGGAAUUCUUACAUAGUGUGUUUUAAGUAUUAUCAUAGAACCAAAUAAGCAUUCCUAUUUUCUUUCAAAUUGUGGAAUUUCGCUCAGUAUCAGUAUGCCUUACUUCUUAUUACUGUAUUAUUGGAAGACGUUUCAUGGUUAACGUGUUAAUCACUGCUCGCGCGAAUGUGUUACUGUUAUAGUUAUUGAAAUAUGUUUAACCGUUCUCUUUUCGAUCCCUUAGUAAAAUUUUACAAGCAUUCUGGCAUUUGCAAGAUGAUUUGACGAGGGAUUUAGAUUUGAUUGUUAUGUGCGUUCAUUUUGUUUUGGACGCAUUGGAAACGGAAAAUCAUUGUAUUUAAUAAACUUCAGCUCAAAAGUUGUCUUUCACGCAGACAAUGUGCCAGUAUAAGGAUAAUUGCAAUUUGAUAAGCUCUUAUCAUUAAAUAUACCUACAAUUAUAGAAAAAAGAAGUCAGAAAGUGGUAUUAGGUAGGGCAACUCGUCAAAUGUUAUUCAAUAUCAUGUUUAUGUUCCUUGAUAAAUAAUAUCUGCCUAACACUAAAAUUUUGGGCUGCACAGUUCUUUUAUUCUUGCCAAAAAAUGAUUUAAAAAGAAUUGUAUUUUUUUAAAUAAAAAUUUUCGUAGUA